UCUAUAUUUGUUUGGACAUCUGAAUGAGAUCAAUGUGGUCUUCACAGUGAAAGAAGGCCACCAAAAUCUAGCCGCCGUGAUGAGUUCAGAGGAGAAGGGUGUAUCUCCUGCUCACAGAACCUCUACACCGUCUCAUAAAAGUGCCUCUACUUCAUCCUCUUCCCAACGGGAGAGUAGGCAGAGUGGCCAUGUCUUAGAGCGGAACAUGUCUACUGGAAGCACAGACCCCGUGAUCAGCAAACAGCUGCUAGAAAAUGAGCCUGUCACUAUAACUAAAGAACCAGACAACUGGGAGAUCAUCGAGGGCCUGAAAAUUGGCCAGACGAAUGUCCAGAAGCCAGACAAACAUGAGGGAUUCAUGCUGAAGAAAAGGAAAUGGCCUUUGAAAGGCUGGCACAAGCGCUUUUUUGUCCUGGAUAAUGGAAUGUUGAAAUACUCAAAAUCACCGAUUGAUACGCAGAAAGGGAAGGUCCAUGGGAGCAUUGAUGUUGGUUUAUCAGUUAUGUCAAUUAAAAAGAAAGCUCGUAGGAUAGACCUCGAUACCGAAGAGCACAUCUACCACUUGAAAGUAAAAUCCCAGGAUUCAUUUGAUGCUUGGGUAUCAAAGUUGCGCCACCACAGACUCUAUCGUCAGAAUGAGAUUGUACGAUCACCACGAGAUGCCAGCUUCCACAUAUUCCCUUCUACGUCAACCACUGAGUCUUCCCCUGCUGCUAAUGUCACUGUAUUGGAUGCAAAGGGACCACAGCAUAGCUUCCCAUGGCAGCCAUCCAUCCCUUGCAGCAGCAGCCUUCCUGCGACGUGCACCACUGGGCAAAGUAAAGUCGUGGCUUGGUUGCAGAACUCUGAGGAGAUGGACAGGUGUGCAGAAGAUCUCUCGCACUGCCAGUCAAACCUUGUGGAACUCAGUAAAAUUCUUCAAAACUUAGAGAUACUGCAGAGAACUCAGUCGGCCCCAAACUUCACAGAUAUACAGGCUAACUGUGUAGAUAUUUCAAAGAAAGACAAGCGUGUCACAAGAAGAUGGCGAACAAAAAGCGUCAGCAAAGAUGCUAAAAUACAACUUCAGGAAGGGACAGCGCUGAAGGGCCAAUUCAGCACCGCGCGGCGGCGACAGAGGCUAGCAGCAGCAGUGGCUACAACAGUUCCUUUCAGUGCUACAAUGUCUCCCGUACGCCUGCAUUCCUCCAAUCCUAACCUUUGUGCAGACAUCGAAUUUCAGACUCCUCCAAGCCAUGUAUCUGACCCCCUGGAAAGCUCCAUGGACUACAUAAAACUUCAAGAAGAGUUUUGCCUCAUGGCACAGAAAGUGCACUCUCUUCUGAAGUCCGCCUUCAACAGCAUAGCGAUAGAAAAGGAGAAACUUAAGCAGAUGGUGUCGGAACAAGAUUUCACAGGACACAACACGCAGCUCACUCGUCUCCGACAGUCGCUCUCUCAGGCUCUCAACCAGAAUGCUGAACUAAGGAGUCGCUUGAACAGAAUACAUUCAGAGUCUGUUAUUUGUGAUCAGGUUGUCAGUGUAAAUAUUAUCCCUAGUCCUGAUGAGGCUAGCGAACAGAUCCAUGUCAGUCUACCACUCUCCCAGCAAGUUUCUAAUGAGAGCCGGCUUUCGAUGUCGGAAUCGAUCUCUGAAUUCUUUGACGCACAAGAGGUGCUUCUGUCAGCAAGCUCCUCGGAAAACGAGGCUUCUGACGAUGAAUCAUACAUCAGCGAUGUGAGUGAUAACAUAUCCGAGGACAACACCAGUGUUGCAGACAACAUUUCUCGGCAAAUACUUAAUGGUGAGCUGACGGGAGGAGCUUUCAGAAAUGGACGACGAACGUGUCUUCCAAGCCCCUGCCCUGAUACUAGUAACAUCAAUCUCUGGAACAUUUUGAGAAAUAAUAUUGGGAAGGAUCUCUCCAAAGUAUCCAUGCCUGUGGAGCUCAACGAGCCUCUAAACACUUUGCAACACCUUUGUGAAGAGCUGGAAUAUAGCGAACUAUUGGACAAGGCCGCAGAGUCUGAUGACCCCUACGAACGCAUGGUCCUGAUCGCUGCCUUUGCAACCUCAGGAUAUGCCUCCACGUAUUACAGAGCAGGAAGCAAGCCUUUCAAUCCUGUGCUCGGGGAAACCUACGAGACGAUUAGGGAAGACAAAGGAUUUAGAUUUUUCGCGGAGCAGGUUAGCCACCACCCACCCAUUUCGGCCUGUCACUGUGAAUCAAAGAAUUUUGUGUUUUGGCAAGAUAUCAGGUGGAAAAACAAGUUCUGGGGAAAAUCAAUGGAAAUUCUGCCUAUUGGAACAUUGAAUGUAAUUCUUCCAAAGUAUGGGGAUUGUUACGUAUGGAACAAAGUUACUACUUGCAUACACAACAUCCUCAGUGGAAGGAGAUGGAUAGAACAUUAUGGAGAAAUAACCAUUAGAAACACAAAAAGUAGUGCCUGCAUUUGUAAACUCACCUUUGUCAAGGUGAAUUAUUGGAAUUCUAAUGUAAAUGAAGUUCAGGGCGUCGUCAUGGAUCAAGAAGGGAAAGUGGUGCAUCGCCUCUUUGGAAAGUGGCAUGAAGGAUUGUACUGUGGAGUUGGUCCUUCAGCAAAAUGUAUAUGGAGGCCAGGCUCCAUGCCAACCAAUUAUGAGCGUUAUUAUGGCUUUACAAGGUUUGCCAUUGAGUUGAAUGAGUUGGAUCCUCCGCUGAAAGACCUUAUUCCAAGAACAGAUGCACGGUUCCGGCCAGACCAAAGGUUUUUGGAGGAAGGGAACUUAGAAGCAGCAGCAGAAGAAAAGCAAAGGAUAGAAGAACUCCAGAGAACUCGAAGACGCUACUUAGAAGAAAACAAUAUGGAACACAUACCAAAAUAUUUUAAAAAAGUUAUUGAUGCCAAUCAAAGAGAAGCUUGGGUUUCUAAUGACACAUACUGGGAACUCCGAAAAGAUCCUGGCUUCAGUAAAAUAGAAACCCUCGUACUCUGGUAAACUGAGAAUGUAGAUCUAGUAACAUAUCACUCUUUAAAAAAAAGAUGGGGAAAAACUAUGCACAACAUGUUUCUUAUAGCUAAGGGUGGUUUGUGGGUCUGCAGCAAAUCUUUCAUUUGCUUUUAUAUUCAUCUUUAUAAUGGACGUCCAAAAGUGCAUUAUCCCAGACCCCAAACAUUUCCGCUGCAGUCAUUUCAUUUAAG